AUGUACGUAUUGAGAUCUGGAUUCUUCAGCACGACGAGUUGUCGGCCUGCGCUUGCGCAGGUAUUAGAGCAGUUGACCCUCACGGCGGAGGGAUGUCUUGAUCAGAUUUAUGUAUGGCUGCUGACCUUACCUUCUCUUGUCGCAGGCAAAUUUACUCCUCCACUGUUCCACCCGAAUGUCUACCCAUCCGGCACCGUCUGUCUGUCCAUUCUCAACGAAGAAGAGGCCUGGCGACCUGCCAUUACGAUUAAGCAGAUCCUCCUCGGCAUUCAGGAUCUUCUCAAUGAUCCCAACCCCGAAUCCCCCGCGCAGGCCGAAGCAUACAACAUGUUCAAGAAGGACCGACCAGGUUAUGAGCGCAAGGUGCGACAGGUUGUCCGUGAGAACCCGCCCAUGUAG